GUAACUCUUUCGUUAUUUGUGUGAUUUUAUGUGCCAAUGUACGAGCAAUAUGAGUUGUGUUAAAAGUUAUUUUCAAUCAAGGGAUGAUGCUGGUAUUAAUCUAUCCACGUACGUCGUUUUAACGGAGUUAACUGUUAAAAGGUCAGAUGCUCACUAGGAUAGCGACGUGAUGGAUGGCACACGAGCAGCAGAGGUUCUUCCUCUGCUACAAGAACGACUUGCAAUAUUACCAGGAGGACGAGAUCGCCGUGGGGGUCCAGUUGUCGUAUUUCCAACGACUCCCAGACGUGAACGAGCAAAACCAGAAGACUAUCGCCGUCUUCUCCAAUAUCUUCUAGCCAUUCCUAAUGACGAAGCCAGGGGACUCGGGUUCACUGUGGUUGUGGACAUGCGAGGUGCCACUUGGGGCACAGUGAAACCAAUUCUUAAGGUGUUACAUGAACAUUUUCCUGGAUCUGUACACGUUGCCUUUAUAAUAAAGCCAGACAAUUUUUGGCAGAAACAAAGGACCUCAUUGGGCAGCCACAAAUACAAGUUUGAGACUAAUAUGAUCAGUCUUGAAGCACUUGGUAAGGUGAUAGAUCCGUCACAGCUCACUGCCGAUUUAGAUGGAUCACUUCAAUACGAUCAUGCUCAGUGGAUUGACACCAGGCUUGCAGUGGAAGAUUUUACUUGGCAGGCUGCUGACUUGCUUGAUAGAUUAGAUGACCUCCAAGAAGAUUUGAGUCGUAAUGAUUUUGCAGACGAUGUUGGAGGUGCAAAACAUGGCAUUGAUCUUCACAAUGAAAUGAAGAAGAAAAUUAUGAAAGUUCCCGUCGAAGAAGUAGAAGUUGUUGGGCAACGUCUAUUGCAACGAUUCAAUAGCGGGAUGAGUGGAACUGGAGGAGAAGGUGGUAGUAUCGAGAGCGGAGCAACUGGUGGGGCAGACCCAGACGGACGUGCUCUUGCAGCCUUAGUUAUUCAGCACUUAGAUUCGGUGCACGCAGCGCAGCAGCAUCUUUUGCAGUUGUGGCACAUCAAAAAGAUGAAAUUAGACCAGUGUUUUCAGCUCCGUCUCUUCGAGCAAGAUUGCGAAAAAAUGUUUGAUUGGAUAUGUCACAACAGGGAAGAAUUCCUAAAAAACUACGUGGAAAUCGGCCGAUCAUAUCAAGCUGCAAAAACGUUGCAAGAGAACCAUAAACACGAUACUAUGAGCUCUAUGAAUGUUUAUGUCAACAUCAACAGAAUAUUAACAAUGGCUGGUAGACUUCUAGAAACUCAGCAUUAUGCAGCUGGUCACGUUAGAGCUGUUGCGGGCAGAUUAGAUAGAGCCUGGAAAGAAUUUGCAGCAGGUCUUGAUGAGCGUACUGCAGUCCUUGGCCUAAGCGUAGUUUUUCAUCACAAAGCUGAACAAUACGUAGACAGUGUCGCCGGAUGGAGCCAAGCGUGCGAUGCCACAAAUCUCCCCAGUGAAAUUGCUGUCCUUGAAUCUCAUAUUAGACAACAUCAAACUCUCUAUGAAGCUAUGUGUCAGGCUUAUACCGAGGUGUACAACGCGUACCAAGCGCUUUUGAGCGGGCUGGGCUCAAUGCUUCACGUUUGCCAUAGCGUGAGCACAACCAGCAGCACUGGGGUGGAAGACUUUCACGUCAAUUAUGUACACAGUACCAGUAAGAAGCUCCUUUACCAGCUGGACCAUCUUGUGCAAGUCUGUAACCAACCUCAGGGGAUUGACCACGCCAUCAGAAAACAUAGUCAAGAAGGACAUGUCCUAGAUGGACGCGGCGGUAUGAGUGGGAACCCAGCUGAAGAUUACAGUGCAGGUGCAUCGCAUGUCUUAGCUGUUAUACAUCAGAUACUUGGACACCAUAGGGCAUUGGAAGCUCGAUGGCAUUCCCGAAAAGUCAAAUUGCACCAACGACUUGCUUUGAGGCUAUUUCAAGAGGACGUGAAACAGGUUCUGGACUGGUUGACAAACCAUGGUGAAGUUUUUAUAAGGAAGAACACCGGGGUGGGUCGUAAUCUGCAAAAAGCGAGAGUCUACCAGAAGAGCCAUGAGCACUUUGAGAAUGUUGCGCAGAAUACUUACACAAAUGCAACAAAGUUACUAACCGCAGCUGAGGAACUGGCGCAUACGGGAGAAUGUGCCGCAGAUGAAAUUUAUGCCGUGGCUCAGGAAUUAGAAGCACAUGUUAGCAGUUUUGCAGCAAGAGUUGAACAACGACGUCGUAGACUUGACUUGGCUGUCGUUUUUUACACUCACGAAAAAGAGCUCAGCGGAUGGGUGGAUGAAUUGCGGCAAGAACUCCAACAAGACGAGGUAGCGGAGAGCUUGGAAACCGCAGAAAGGCUCUUGGACCAAUGUGCUCAGCACAGAUCUUCUUGCCUCGAGGCUUGUGCUUCAACAAUUGCUCAGGGAGAAGCACUUCUUCAAGAACUCAGAGAUUCGACAGAUGCUCCUGACACAACAGGAUCUGUUUCUGCAGUAGAAGCUGCACUAGACAGACUAUCCGGGCUCCGUCAGGAACUUGAGGAAUUAUGGGCGACCAGAAAAUUAAGAUUAGAGUUAUGCCUGCGGUUACGGGUCUUCGAAAGAGAUGCACUGGAGGCCAGUGGUCAGUUGGAAAUGUGGGCGCAAGAGCUACAAGGUCCUCCUCGAGAAGGCUCUCCCGAACAAUUGCUCCGGGUGCACAACGAUGGUGUUGCUCACAUGCAAAAUACUGCUUUUCAAGUGUUGCAGCAGGGUCAAGAAUUAGCGCAGGUUUUGGAACAAGCUGGUGUCUGCAUUAUGGCGGACGGGCAGCAUAGUGCUUCGGCAAGAGUUCAAGUUCUCCUUGAGUUUUUGAACGAACGUGAAAUGGAUGCCGAAGAUCUUGCCGAAAUGCGGCGAGUUCGAUUAGAACAAGCUGCUCAAUUGGUCCAACUACAAGCUGACGCGACACACGUAGCCAACUGGAUUCGCAAUGGAGAAGCUAUGCUUUUAGCAUCGCUGAGGGUCCCAGAAAAUCUUCAAGAUGCUGAGCAGCUGCGUUUGGAACAUGAGCAAUUUCAAGUGGCUAUCGAAAAAACUCACACAUCCGCUGUUCAGGUGAAACAUAGAGCAGACGCAUUGGUCAGCGCAAAUCACUAUGAUCCAAAGAGUAUCAGAGACGUAGCAGAAGAUGUGACAAAAAGAUGGCAACAGCUGGUGACAUGUGCUGAAGAAAGACACAAACUAGUAACAGCUAGUAUAAACUUUUACAAAACAGCGGAACAGGUGCGCUCGGUCCUCGACAGCCUGGAGAGAGAAUACAGGCGAGAUGAAGAUUGGUGCGCUAGCGGAGAUAAAGGAGGACAAGUCCCCACUCUUGUCGGAAAACAUCAGGAGCAAAAAGAAGCCUUCCUAAAAGCUUGCACUCUGGUCCGACGAACUGCCGAAACUUUUCUCAAAUAUACAAAUCGGAGUUUGCAAUUCUACAGCUACCAAACAAGCAGUGCUGGUUCUGAAAAUAAAGUUAAAAAUAUUUUGGAGGAGUUGCUGAGCAAAGAAAACAAAGUACUCGAGCAUUGGACGCAGCGGAAAAAGCGACUCGAUCAGUGCCAUCAAUAUGUAUUAUUCGAACGCAGCGCAAAACAGGCUCUGGAAUGGAUCCGAGAAACUGGAGAACUUUACCUGGCUACACAUACUAAUGUUGGGAAAAAUCGUGCCGAAAAUGAACAGCUAUUACAGGAACACAAUGAAUUCAAAGGAGCCGCAAAGGAAACUCGGGAAAGAGUAAAAUUGCUAAUACAAUUAGCGGAUAAUUUAGUCGAAAAGGGGCAUGCUCAUGCAGCAGCAAUCAAGCAAUCUGUUGCCGAGGUAGAUCAGCGUUACAAGGAUUUCAGCUUGCGCAUGGACUGUUAUAAAACCCAAAUUGAAGGCGAUUUGGGAAUUCAGUCGGAUGAUGGGCAUAAAGAUCUUGCGAUAGACAGGAACUCAGAUCCUCUUCUAGAAGAAAAGAUCAAGGGCAAAGAUUUGAAAGAACUUAAUGAAGAAAAACGAAGAUCCGCUCGGCGAAAAGAGUUUAUAAUGGCCGAACUCUUGCAAACUGAACGUACCUACGUGAAAGAUUUGGAGACUUGUAUCCGCUGCUUUUUCGAGGAAACUAAAAGUGGUCGUGGUAGUGUUCCAGCUGGACUGCAAGGACGAGAGUCAUUGAUAUUCAGUAACAUGGAAGAAAUCUAUCAAUUCCAUUGCGAUAUAUUUUUACGCGAACUGGAAAAGUAUGAGACUAUGCCGGAGGACGUUGGUCAUUGUUUUGUCACUUGGGCUGCGAAAUUCGACAUGUACGUGACUUACUGUAAAAGUAAGCCAGAAAGUAAUCAGUUGCUCGUUGCUCACGGUGGAACCUGGUUCGAAGACUUGCAGCGUAAGCACAGAGUCGAACAUCCCAUCGCUGCGUAUCUGAUAAAACCUGUUCAGAGGAUCACGAAGUAUCAACUGCUACUAAAGGAUCUACAGGCUUGCUGUCAAGAAGGUCAAGGAGAAAUCAAAGACGGUCUAGAAGUUAUGCUCAACGUGCCUAAAAAAGCAAACGACGCUUUACACUUGAGUCUCCUGGAGGGAUGCGAUGUCAGGAUAGAUACACUCGGAGAUGUUGUACUUCAAGAUUCAUUCACGGUUUGGGAUCCAAAACAAUUGAUAAGGAAAGGUAGAGAUCGGCACAUCUUCUUGUUCGAAUUAUAUUUGCUUUUCAGUAAAGAAGUCAAAGACUCCGCAGGAAAGGUGAAGUACAUCUACAAAAGUCGAUUGAUGACCUCUGAGCUAGGAGUGACCGAGCACAUCGAGGGUGACGAAUGCAAAUUUGCUGUUUGGACCGGCCGAGCCCCAACCAGUGAUACCCGCGUCGUACUCAGAGCGAAUUCACUGGAAGCUAAGCAGUUAUGGGUCAAGAGACUCAGAGAAGUUAUUCAGGAGACGUACUUCAGUUUGAGCAUGCCUAAGAGUCCUGCGAAGAAGAGUUCUAGUCAACGAUCGAGCAGAGAUCUUGAAGAGUGUGCAUCUCUAGACGAUAGCGUUGAAAAUCUUGACAGAAACUCGCUAGCAUCCUUCGGUUCGACGAAUACCACAGACUCCGACAAGACGGGGGUGGCGGAGAUGACAUGGGUAGUUGCGGACCAUUCGGCAGCACCCGGUUCUCGAGAACUCUCGGUUUCCAAGGGACAGCAAGUGGAGGUUCUCGAAAACGGAAGCGGAGAGUGGACUCUGGUUCGUCUCUCCUUAGCACCCGGACAACCCGACCCUCCGCAAGAAGGUCUUGUGCCAACCAGUGUCCUCAAACAACCGCCAACAACAGCUUGCAAGACUUCACCGUCCAGGAAAGCACCGUCGCAAUCGGCGGUUGCUGCUAUUGCUCAACAGUCCGUUACAGCGGAAGAUACCGAACUUGGUACGAGUGACGGGGGUGGAUCAGCGAGUACCAGUUCGCCAGGGAACAAGAGACGUGGAUUUAGCGGGAGAAAGUGGCUGCCGCCUCCUCUUAGAAAAUUGAGUCAAGGAAAGGUUGAAAAAUCAACGACUCCGGACCGACUGCCACCUUUGAAAAAGACCGGCUCGGAUAAGCGUUUCAAAUUGCCAAGUGGAGAUAAAUCUGGUCGCGCAGCAUCCGAGGGUGAAGAAGAGGAAGAAGUCGAAGGAGAUGACGGGGAAACUCCGGCUUUCCUCGAGCAAAAUGGAGCCGAAGACGGAGAGGACGAUCUCGAGCUACCGCCACCAAUGAAACCGAUUACCGAACCAAUUUUGGUAGCUACGGGAAACGGACCACCCGGUUCUACCAUACCCGAUGAAUUGCCAGGCAAAAGAGUUUCCGAACGUUCCAUGAAAUCUUUGGACGGUGCUACGUCCGCAGAUCUUGCCGAAAUCGAACAAAUUGUCAAAGAAAGAAUGGAACAACACACGGAGAACCAGGAGAGGCAUAGUUUGAUGAGAGUACCCAGUAAACCGUCGACCGGUGACGACGUGGUGAGCAUCGGCGGACCGGUUGUUGAAGAAACAGAUCCGGAAACUGCUGCGAUUACCAAAAGACAGUUCGUCAUCAGAGAGUUAGUAGAGACUGAAAGAGAUUACGUAACUGAUCUGAAACAGAUUGUUGAGGGUUACAUGGCGAUGAUGAGAGAUCCCGAAAGCGAAGUUCCUCUGCCGGAAGAUCUAAAGGGUGGGAAAGAUAAAAUGGUUUUCGGUAACAUAGAAGCAAUCUACGAGUGGCACAGAGACUUUUUUCUCAAGGCGUUGGAACAUUGUCUAGAAAGGCCGCAGGAUCUGGGCCCUUUGUUCAAAAAAUAUGAGAGAAAGUUGCACAUGUAUGUUGUGUAUUGUCAAAAUAAACCAGUCUCUGAGUAUAUUGUGUCGGAACACAGCGAUACGUAUUUCGAGGAACUGCGCCAAAAGUUAGGUCAUAGACUUCAGUUAUGCGACUUACUGAUAAAACCUGUACAGCGAAUUACUAAGUAUCAAUUGCUGUUACGCGAAGCACUGAGAUUAACGGAAAGGACACAAAAUCACUCUGAAAUCGAAGGUCUUCGCGCAGCUGCACACGUUAUGCGAAUCAUUCCCAAAGCAGCCAAUGAUAUGAUGGAUGUCGGAAGAUUACAGGGCUUUGACGGUAAAAUAACGGCUCAAGGAAAGCUCCUCCUGCACGGGCCGCUGUUAGUCUCAGAACUUGGGAACGUACCGAUACGCGGAAGAGAGUGGCAGGUUUUUCUGUUCGAGCAGAAUAUUAUUUUCAGCGAAGCUGUCGGAAAGAAAACGCAGUUCACCAGUCCUGCUUACAUAUACAAAGCUCAUAUACAGGUGAACAAAAUGAGUCUCGAAGACUCCGUAGAUGAUCCUGAAAGGUUUGUGAUUCGAUCGACCGACCCACGAAAGCCUGGGUUGGGAUUCUCGUGUGCCGCGGUGGACGAGAACGGGGCGCGCAAACAGGAGUGGGUGGAUACGAUUACUGCGAUUCUACAAACUCAGCGCGACUUCCUUAAGGCUAUACAAUCCCCCAUUGCCUACCAAAAGGAACUUACCAAAGACCCACUCCGUGGCACAACACCGGAACCGGUCGUUCGAGCAGCAGUAUCAGUUCCUCCAAUGCUGACCGUAUCUGGAGCAGCAAACAAGGAAAGAAGUACUCAUCGUAAAACACCAGCGAUUCAACGAUCGCACACCGGAGGUUUAGAAGGAGAUGGUCCUGUUCGGACGCCCAGUCCUACUAAGAGUAAACUUAACUUCUUAGAGGGAUUCCGAAACACACUUCGAGCACGGUCGCCUGUUCGCAACAAUUCAAUUCCGGUCGCUCCAGGUGCUCGAGUCCGAUUAGCUGCUGACUGGGGAAAACUACACGCUGGAGAUGAACUGGUAGUCUCUCAUCUGGAUGGUCCGGGACUAGUUGUUUCUCCCAUCGAUGCCAAGGAAGAAUUGUGGAUCCCAGCUAGUUUGAUUCCAAACUCUUCCUUCAGCAGAGCGUGGUCUUUUCGUCCAAGAAAAAUAGACCCAGACUCGACACUGUCUAGUCCUCAGAAGGGCCAGGAUGGAAAGAUGCCACCGAAGGUGCUUGCCGUUCUUUCACCUGUUAAAGUAACGGCUGGUGAACUGGCUAGGCUUUCCAUUGAAGUAGCUAGAGCGGAAGGUGCUACAGUCGUGUGGAGGAAAGAGGGGUGUGAAUCUUAUGAUAUCGUACCAAGUGAACGGUACAGACUCCAUAACAAUUCUGGAUUCAUUUACUUGGAAAUUUCUCGAUGUCGACCCCUGGAUUCUGGUGUAUAUAUUUGUAGCAUACAAUGCGAAAAUGGUUCAUGCACAACCAAGGUGACGCUUAAUGUAACAGGAGGAAAUGGAACAACAUGGGCCCGUAUUCUCGGCACUACGAAGGUUGAAGUUGAUUGGGAAUGUCACGAUAUUGGAUCGUGCAAUUUGGAAUACAGGGCGAUUCCAUCACCAGAAUGGACGACGAUUGUAAAAGAAGUGAAAGCACCACCGACAAUACUGGAAUUAUUGCCCGGGACCUCGUACAGUUUUCGAAUAGUGGGCAGAACUGGAAUUGCGACAUCACCAUCAGCCGUUGUAACGCUACCUACGGAUGAGGGCAUCAGCUGGGAAGCGGAACAAUUUGUUGGACGUUAUCUAGAACUCGACGAGCUGGGAAAAGGGAGGUUUGCAAUUGUACGACGUGCCCGAGAUCGUGGUACUGGACAAGAAGUUGCCCUCAAACAAACACCUCGUCACAAACAAUCUAGAUCACUCACUCGAUCAGAGUAUGAUUUGCUGGCUUCGACACAUCACACGAAUAUCGUCAGAGCUUUUGCGCUUUUUGAAAACGCUCCACAGCCUGGCGUCGACACAAUUGUACUUGAACUCGUACGUGGUCCAAUGCUUUUCGCAUACUUGUGUGAAAAAAAAGAAUAUACAGAGGCUGCAGCGAGUAAAUUUACAAGCCAGUUACUUUCGGCAUUAGAUUGGUUACAUUCCCGCCACUUUGCUCAUUUGGAUGUUAAGCCUGAAAAUGUUCUGGUUGAUCAAGAAACAGAAAUCAUUAAACUCGUAGACUUGGGCGAAGCGAUAAGAGGACCAGUUGACGAAGUAGUGCCACCGGCUGAUUUGGAAUUUGCAGCACCCGAGUUGGUAUUGGGUAGGCCGACUGGACGGCAUACGGAUAUGUGGGCAGCUGGAGUAUUCAUUUAUGUGCUGUUGAGUGGCUUGUCACCAUUCCUAGAUGACUCGGUUGAGGAAACAACGGCAAACAUAUUGAAAUGUGAUUUCUGCUUUCCUGAUGAAUAUUUUGAGAACGUUUCUAAUGACGCUAAAGACCUUCUCGGUAGAUUACUUUGUUUGCAUGGAGAAGAUCGUGCUUCUGCGGAAAACUGUUUAGAAUCUCCAUGGUUCAAGAUACCCGAAGGUGCCACGAUACCCUCGACGCGAAUGGCAGCAUUUACCGAGCGUCGUGCACAUUGUUCAAAAUCGCAUCAGGAGCAUGGUGAUAGUUUUUAUUCUUAACGUUAGAUAUUAUUUUGAAAUAUGUUAUUUCUUAUUAACAAUUUAAAAAGAAAAAGGAAUCAUGAAAGAUCAACUGUAAAUAGCAAAGAUAUAUUUAAAUUUGUAAUACCUCGAGAACCUUGUUGUCUGAUAACAUCAGUCCGUCUUUGUUAGAUUUAUGACGAUAACUGUUCACGUUGCGUACAAUUUUUACUAAGAUUUAAGUAAGCGAGACAUGAUAUUAUUUUUUACAAAAGAAAAAAAAGUCAAAUUUAAUUAUAGAACACAAUAAUUAUGAACCGCUGAUCCGCGAUGGCACAAUGACGAAAAAGGAUGAUUUAAAUAUUCAUUUUGUUUUUUAUAAAAAUAUUAAUGGACUGAUUUAUUUGUAAUACGCCUUUCUAAUUAAUAAAAAAAAAAAAGUAAAAAUA